AUGCCGGUCGUCAAUGACAGCGGAGCCGAUAUGCCAGCGUGUGAUGUUGGUGGAUGUGCCCCGCUGGCCAGGCCCGUGCCUUCCGUGGUGACUAAGGAGGCCCACGAGGGCAACUGGGUCGACGGCAAGCCGCAUGGUCGCGGUGCGUGGACGUGCAGCGACGGCAGUUUGUACGUCGGCUUGUUCAAGGCCAAUCUGUUUGACGGCAUUGGGAUUCCACGGGACAUGGGCACCUACUUGGGACAGUGGACCGAUGACAAGCGGAACGGGAUCGGCACGCGCAUUCUGCCCAACGGUGUCUGUUACUCGGGCAAGUGGCGCGAUAACCAGCCGCACAGUCUCGGCGCGCUCACUCCCACUGGCGAGCCAGACGAUGCCCGCAGCUGGCGUUAUUAG